ACCUUAUUCUGUAGGGUUUUCCACCCAAAAUUCUCUAGCGUUUUCUCUCCCAUUCGCGCCGGCCUUGUCCCCUUCCUCUUCGUCGCCAUCCACCGCCGAAGUCGAGCUCCGACUUGGGCUUCGUUGCUAUCUCCGACUUCCUGUGAGUCGCCAUCCACCGCUGAAGACGAGCUCCGUCGCCAUCUCCGCAGAAGACCAUCUCCGAUUUCGAGUUUCAGACGACUGGCGCAUCUUCAUCUUCUUCCACGGUAAGGUUUCCGGCCACGUUCUGUUCUUAUUUCUGUAGAUCCGGCGAGCGAUCUUGGUCUUCGACCACUGAUCUGGAGUCUUCGUCCACCGGAAGCGAUCUUGGUCUCUGUUUCAGCGAGCGAUCUUCGUGUUCGCCAUCUCCGCCGAAGUCGACCUCCGAUUCCGACUUGCAGACUGCCGUUCAUCCUCGUCGCCAUCUUCGCCCACGGGCAUAUGAGUUUCUAUUCCCAGCUUUUUGAUUCUUGUCACCCUAAUGAGGUUGCGCUUUAUCAAAAACUCAUUAAAACAAUUCUAGUUGCAAACUAAAUUAUGUUUGGCUUUCUUAAGUUGAAGGGCAAUUAUAUCAUUUUGCAACAUCCUGGCUUUUGUAAAGACAUGUGGAAAGGAGGGAAUGGGUGUGAAUGGCCAAACCAGUGUCAAGUGAGGACAUGGGGUGGGGAAGUAAUUAGAAGAAAAAGAAGUUAUAUUGCAAUCAGAGUAAGAAACAAAGAGGUAUUCAUCUUAUCCUUCAAAGAUGCGGGAAGAGGAAGUAAAUAGAUGUCAGAUUCAGGAAUGGUACCCAAAAUUUAAAAGCAUCUCUAUUAAAACUGUUAUUCAUGAGCUUCCGGAAUCCUUUAUUCAGUACCUUCUUGAUGAUUCUAGGCCUUUCCUUCUUCCUCUUUCCAUUUCAAAGGAAGAUGCCCUACCCAACCGAAUCCAUAAACCAGAAGAAGAAGAAGAUUAUGUAAUAUCGGAAGGGUCUGUGGAUGAAUCAGAACAACCUUCUCCAGCACCUUCUUUCCCAGAGCUUGAAUUGAAGAUCAAGGAAUCAAUUGAAUCCCUUGGCGGUGCUGUUUUUCCUAAGCUAAAUUGGAGUGCACCCAAAGACUCAGCUUGGAUUAGCUCAACUGGGAGUCUCAAAUGCACCUCUUUCAGUGAGAUUGCACUUUUGCUACGGUCAUCUGACUCACUCGUUCAUGAUCUUUGUCAUGCGUAUGAUUCCUGCAGUGAUAAAACUUCAUCAAGACCCUCAAGUUUUUCCCUAGCCCUCCGCAAGUGGUACCCCUCUCUCCGGCCAGAGAUGGAAUUCCGUUGUUUCAUAUAUGACCAGCACCUAGUUGGCAUUUCCCAGCGUGAGGUCACUGGGUUUUAUCCUGCUCUUGUUGAGAGGAAAAAGGAGCUAGAAAUGUUAAUCCAGGAAUUCUUUCUGGAUGAAGUGAGGCUGAAAUUUGAGUCAGAAAAUUACACAUUUGACGUUUAUGUUAGAAAGGAUGGGCGGGUUAAGCUUUUGGAUUUCAAUCCAUGGGGUGCAUUCACACUUCCUCUGCUAUUUACUUGGGAGGAACUGGAGCAAAGUUUCAGCAAAGACGCAAAUGCUUUAGAAUUUAGAGUAGUGGGAAGUCAAUUUGGAGUAAGGCCAGGAUUAAAAACUGCAGUUCCUUAUGAUUACAUAGAUAUUAGUUCAGGGAGUGGCUGGGAUCAAUUCUUGAGGAAUGCUGAUGAGGAGUUGCGACGACAGACUGAGUUUUCUGAUGCAUGUGAUUAAGGGAUUGUUGUUCCCAUUUAUGUAUUGUAGAACCUUCAAUACUAUAGUUGUCUGACUACACUUAACCUCUUUGUUCUUUUGCCCCUUCUUUUGGACUUAUAAUUGCGUAGCAACUUGGAUUUUAAUUGCCUGUACCAAGAGAUUCAGGAUAACUUAUUUUUGGUUGUCACGUGUACUUUGCUAUUGUUUUGAACUUGUUUCACCCAUUUCCAUA